UUCAAAGCAAGAACUGAGGGGGGCGGGCGCUGUGGACUUACAAUGCGCUACAUUAAAUAAUAUAUUUCCCGUGUUGUUGACUUUAAAUAGAAGAAAAGCUCCAGCCAAUAGUUCCAUUGUAACUCGGCCCCAGUUGUGUAGGAUUGUGUCAGUCAGUGGUAGCUGCGUGCAGAGCAGGCGGGGUGGGUAACCAUGGCAACAGCGUCCCACAACGCAGACGCUGACUGACAUCUCGGGGAACUAAGAGAAGGUUCAAUUCAGAUCAGAGUCCAUUGAGUUUUGCAUGAGGAGACAACAUAUCCUGAAACAUGAACAACUGUGACCUUGAGAAGCUAUCUGUUCCUGGAGUGAAGCUGGAGCCAACUUUCAGAGCAGACAUUACAACUUAUAGAGCAACGGUACCCAGCUGCAUUACACAAAUCAAAGUAGAUGCACUUACAAGUGAUACAGGAGCAUCUUACACACUGUUGGGAAGUGGGGGCUCAAAGUUGAUAACACUAAAAGAUGGUGUCAACACAGUGACAGUAGAGGUGACAGCUGAAGAUGGCACAGUGAAGAAAUAUGUACUAGAGGUUACUAAAAUUUCUGCCGACCAAGCUUUACUUCAUGGAAUCAAGCUUCCGGAAGAUCUACAGCUAGUUCCACCGUUUGCUUCUGAUGUGUAUGAAUAUGCAUGCACAAUUCCAGAUUCCCAGAGUUGCAUAUGUAUAAACCCAUAUGCCCAGGACAGUGAAAUGAAAGUCACAGUAAAUGGCAGCAAUGAUAUUAAACCUGUCGCACUGGCCCUUGGAGACACAUUGAUAGAAGUGCAAGUUACGUCUGCUAAUGGCACAAAAUCACAGAUUUACUUAAUUAUUGUUACAAGAAAGCAGCUUCCAUGUUGUGUCACUUUUCCCGAGGCCAAAGAUCAGAUGACCUAUGAAUGUCCUGUGUCUCUUACUGCUUUUUACAGACCUAUCUCCAUAAAAGGAAGUGAUCCCAGUCACACACUUUCCAGUCCCUAUAUGGAUCUUUUAACUCAGAAGUCCAAAAGGAACCCUUUUGAUGACACUCCUUUUAGUGAGAACUGGAGGAUUCCUGAGUAUGAAUUAGACAUGAAAAUGUCAUCUGCAAGCGUCUCCUGCAUUUAUUAUUAUCGAGGGUGUACUGCCAUAAUGAAGUUGUCUGAAUUUGGCCAUCAUGCAAGAAUCUGCUCAUUUAAACCUUUAAUUGUACUGGAUGCCAAGACUGUUACAGAAUCAGAGUGGUAUAAAAAAGAAGAGUCCGGCACAACCAAGAUUGAACUUCCCAUAAAACAUAUAAUCCAGGAGCGGAACUGGGAGAAGAGACUUCAAGGAUACAAUGACAGUCAACUGGACAUACUCUGCAGUCAAGCAGAAGAGCAGAUAAGACUCUAUAAACAACGACUUCCUAAACCAGGGGAUGUGCUCCAUUACAAAGAUGGAAUGUCCCCUUUGGAUGCGCUACAUCAAGCCGCAAUAGCCUACGCAUCAGCUAUCAAACUUCAGCCAAAGAACCCGGAGUACCAUUUCCAUCUUGGCAUGGUUUUGGAAGAACAUUUUCAUGCGUCUGAAAUUUAUGGCUUAAAGCAGAAAGCCAAGGAAGAUACCCCAGAGUAUUGCAACGCAAAGGCUACAGGGAAAGAUGAAGAAAUCCAAGCCAUCUGCAAACUUCAUGGCUUUUCUGGUCGGCCAAGUUUAGAGCAGCAGUUAAAAGCAUUAGAUUUAGAAUAUCAUCAGCUUAAAGAACAGGGUCAGUCGAGCAGAGCUGAUUACAUUCAGAAUCUCUAUGCCUGGAAGUCAAAACAGGCCGGCAAGUUUGUGCAAUCUGUGGUAGACGAAGACAAUCCACUAGCACAGGCAUUUUUAAAAUAUCAAGAUGCUCUCCUCCUGAGUCCUGAUAACUGGCAAUACCAGUUCCACGUGGGCAGGCACUUGCUGAUGCAGAGAAGAAACAGAGAUGCACUCAUCCUUCUGCAAAACGCUUUGGCUCUCCGACCAGCAUCUGCAAUAACAAGGUGCUAUGCUGCAUUAGCUCUUCUGGAACAAGAUGAUGGCCCAGGUUCACGAAUAAAGGAAUCCAUUAACUACCUUCAUCAAGGCAUGGAGAAAAUGAUCACUGACCUUUUUACAGCCCAAGAAAGUCCAAACCUUCUCCACGCUGAGAACCCACUAUCUCUACUUCAUGUUCAACCCUUAAGAGGAUUUUUGAGAUUGGGAAGAUUGCUGAAGGAAACUCCAGUGCAGCCAGCAGCAUGUGUCAUGUCCUCUAAUCAGAUUCUUCACCUUGUUGCUGAUUGGGCGGCUAAAGCCAUAUGCCAGUGUUCGCACAGGGGUGAGGUUUCUCAGGACUUAGAAUGGAUCCUGCUGGAGUCGUCCUUCAGCCUUCUUCAGUUCCUCUCUCAGGAAUCUCCAGACAAAGAGGCCUGGAUAAGGAAGAGGUGCCACGGGAUGACUGCUCUGUUAAAAUUCUCCUGCAUUCCUCCAUGUAAAGAACUUUUAGAUAUGCAGGAAAAGGUCUGCCAGAUUGGAGCUAUAGCCUCCCCAUGCAGUAGUUUUUCCCUUUACUUGCUAGGUGUGGCACAGCUUGCCCGGUAUGAUAACAAUCCUUGUUCUGCUGAAGCACAGCUCGCACUUCAGGAUGCUGUACUCAGUUUUAAAGCCAGCAUUAAUCUGGAGAAUAUGCCAACAAAAGGACCCCCUCCUGCAGAACUAACAAGUCAGAAGUGGUGGCAGGGAUAUAAGUCUGCCAUAGAAGAAAAGGCACAAAGAGUGAUGCCCCAGGUUUGUGACAAAGGAAAACAAGCAGCCCCUGCAACUGUAUGUACCGAGGGAGCCCCUAAAGGGAGAGGAGUAGCCCCCAAAUCACGUGGACCAAUCAGUGCAUCUAAGCCCUUACAAACUGCAAAGAAAGCAGCCACCAUGUUACCAGGAGGGAGUCACCCAAAAGCAGGAUCAGUUAGCACAAGCAGGGGGCGUGGCACGAGUGGAUUUUCAUCUAACAAAACUGCUGUGACUCCAAAGCCAAAACCUCCAUUGAAUCCAAAAAGCUGUGUAAAGGCUGUAAAAGAGGAGCCGCAGCAGCUCCCAGCAACAGAGGAUACCACAGUGCCCGAAUCCAAACCCGUAGAAGAGACGCCUGAUGUGCCAGCAACUAUGAAUGUCAGCUCCUACUUGCAUCGCCUGGGUUUAGCCAGAGCACUUGCUCGUACUAAAGAAACCACAUCAGAUGCUUCAGCUCUUUAUCAACAAGUCAUCAGGAUGGCGCCAGAGGUACACGAUGCCUACAUUGAGCUAGCAGAACUGCUUUUAUCCACGGACCCCCUGGCUGCAGUAGAUGUUUACUGUCAGUACCCCCAAAAGCCGGAACAAGAACAGUCAUUUGAUGAUGCGUUCAUCCCAGGAGAGAUCGUGCGACUAUUAAUCAAAUGUGAAACGUAUGAUGACCCUCGCUUACCCAUCAAUAUGAUCUCCUAUGGCAAAAUCAUGGGGAUAGGCUGUUUGGAGAAAUAUAUUCAUAUUCUUGAAGAGAAAUGUAAAACAAAGACCCUUAAGGCCGUCUAUGCAGGAAUCCACAACAAGCCCGUCGACGACAAAGAUCUGCAAAGCUUCUUCCGGUUUAAAUGCUGGAUUUAAGAAAAUAUCAGAUACCUCAAGAAAUAAACUGCAGGUGAUUCUUCAAACAAUGAUCUGAAUACAUUUAUAUAGAGGGAGAGAAAGAGAGAAGGGCUGGUCUUUCUUUGCCAUAUUCUGUUCCAUUAACAGUGUAACCCUUUAAAGGAGGAGGAAAGUCUUCUUCCACUUGGGGGUGCCACAUGUUAGACAUGGGAAACAUGGGAGUUGCCACUUACCAAACCCAAGAACACAGCCUUGAUUGAUGGGGUUGGAAAAUAAUAAGAUAGUGCCCCAUUUCCCUGUCUACAACCCCAGAUGCAGCUUUUCAAAAUGGCAAAUUGGUUUUUUUUUCUAUAAUAAAAAUGUUUAAAAAGUAAACACGGGGAACCGAACUUAAAUUUGAAGCAGCGUAGGUUCUCCUCAAUAAAGACAGU